CCGUAGGACUCUGGUGGGCCGUGGUCCAUCCCCAUUCAACGUCCAAUGAGGCGGAUUUGCAUACAAACACCAGAACCUUGGUACAGAAAUGAAGACUGUAUAUCUGUUCGACUGCCUCACAUUACUUGUAGGUCUUUACAUGUUGCAUCAGAGGUGCCACCGGCAUACUCUGUGGUCUUCUCAACGUCGUAGCGACCCUACUGGAAUAAUCUAGCCAUCAUGCCUAUGCCAACCGCUUCAAGGCCGAACGGAAGCUGCACCAGAAUUCCUGAACAUACACCGCUGCCAGUGGAGACACCCCCGACCGAUUCGAAGCGCGGUAUAUGCCGGCUGCACUUCCUCGAGAACGAAGAGCAAGACUCAUUAGACUUCCUCAGGUACAGGAUUGCGAUUCAGUUCGAACUUUUUACCGCUGUUAGAUCAUGUCCGCUGUGCGAUACCGAACUCGUCCAUUACGGCAUGAUCGCCCGCAUCGAACAUCUUCUGGCUCAGGCUUGCAAGGCCCAGGGCAAUGUAACCGCCUUGAGAAAACGCUAUGAUUACGCGUACGAACCGUUUGAGCGACUUGAAGAGCUAGAAGAAGACGUAGCUGGCGUCAUGGAAGAUUUCAGGAACGAAACGAACAACUUAUCCCAGCCGACUAAGGAUUCCCUGUUCACCCAACUGCACAAGGUGCUCAACAAGAACAAGAUCUGGGGCAGAGACUUGGAUUACCUUGAACAACUCCUUCUGGACGGCCACAGUAUCCCUGAAGCCAUACAGGGAUGGUAUACGUUCAAGCUCGACUGGGCUCAAGAGGACUUUGCAGCCCAAAGUAUGAUGCUCGGCAAGCAGCUUAAUCCCCUUAUCGAUCAGCUACACAAACUCGAGCACAACUUCCAGGAUCUAUUCGUAGACAUUCACGAAUUCAAAGGAUUUUCAGACCUGGAAAUUGCUUCGGAAGUACAAAACGUGUUUGGAACCACCGCUCCAUCAGACGAAGAGAUCGAAGAGCUGGAAGAAUGGAGUCGUUGGCAAGAUGACACAGGGCUGAAGAUUGAAUACGCCGAGAUACAAUCUGAUUGGUUGCACAGAACCAUAGGUCGGUUUCAACGCGGGCUGAGCAGCCUUGGAGUAUCGGGUAGUGUAGAGCAGGAAGACACGGCCGACGUGUAUAUCGCGGUCACGGAUACGCCUGAGGUGGUUCACGAUCGGGCAGAAGUGGAGGUAUUUGCAGAUAGCGAAGGUGUAAUGGAUAGUGACUAUGGGGAUGAAGACGCGAUGGAUUUUGAUGUACUAGAUUCGCCUUAGGGCUGCUGAUGUCGUCGAGUACGAACAAGGCAACGCUGUCGAAUACCUCAACAUCUGCAAUUCGAAGGAGAAGUCUGGUAACACCAAAGCUCAGUAGGUA